AUGACGCUGAGUGUACGAGUUCGAGGAAUCCUUACAUUGAUGAGUUUCACCAGCAUCACUGCAUGCAAGGAGUUCCCGAACCGAGAGUUCAACGCCGCCAUCCAGAUCAGACGGUGUGCGCUGCUGAAAACAACAAUCGACCAGCUGACGGGAUAUUUUUUAUGGGGCAGCCUCUCAUACUUGAGGCGUGCCUGGAUAAACUGGAACGAUAGCAGCCAGUCGGUCAAAAAACAGCCGGGGAGGCCUCUGUGGGUGCGUGUGCGUGUGCGCAUAGAUGCACUCGAUAGUCCUGAAGCGUUUUUCGUUCUCCUGACAUGGCGCCCACGCCCAGGUAUGUUACGAAGCUGUGCGAUAUUCGUGGUGCUUACGAACCGGUGCUAG